UUCCUCUAGCAUUAACACUUUCUCUUAAUGGAGAGAAACCCCAUGCGUAGGCAGCUUGCAGUCAUGAGGCAAUCCCUGUUUGAUCAGGUUUGUUUUCCUCAACAUUUGCUGUUUGUAAAAUGAACAAAACUUGAGCUUCCUAACAUUUGGAAGUGCUAUAAACACCAUACGCACCGGAGGGUAUAGGAAAUUUAACCUGGAAAUACUGUUGCAUUAUGUUUAUGCUUGAGAAAUGGAUUCACCUCUGGAAGUUUGAUUAAAUUGUUUGAUCUGAGUUAAACCAUCUGAUUUAACCACACUCCCCCAAACAAAAAAAGACAAUGAAGAAAUUAAGGAUAGCUAACCCUGAACUAUAUAUGCGUCUGCAUGCACAUGGAUAUCUUGAUGAACAAUUCGUGCAGUUGGAGGAACUCCAAGAUGAUGCUAAUCCAAAUUUCGUGGAAGAAGUUGUCACCUUAUACUACCGCGAUUCAGCCAGAUUAAUCCUUAACGUGGAGCAGGCCCUGGAGAGGAAACCUUUUGAUUUUAAUAAGUUGGAUGGCUAUAUGCAUCAAUUCAAAGGAAGCAGUUCAAGCAUUGGAGCCAAAAAGGUGAAAGCUGAGAGCACACUGUUUAGGGAAUAUUGCAAGUCUGGAAAUGGAGAAGGAUGCAUGAGGACUUUUCAACAACUGAAGAAAGAAUAUGCAACAUUGAGAAAGAAGCUUGAAGCUUAUUUUCAGGUUCCUAUUAUUUUCCAAUUUUUUUCUUUGUCCACCUUAUUAAAUAUGUGUUUUUAACUUGUUAUCUGUGUUUUUUUUUUUUUUCCAACUAUGAACAAAUGUUCAGCUGGCAAGACAAGCUGGUCCGAUGGAGACCGCAUGUCACCCCAAGUAAUAAGAGAGAUAUAUGGUCCAAAGCAGGAUGCAGAAAUGAGUAGUGCAUGAAUGUGGCAAGAAAUAUAUAUUGUGGUUGGUGAAUUUGUUAUAAUCUGUUUUUGUAUAUGCUCCAAAUUCACCUAAUUAGCUUUGUAGGCCUCUUAGAUUUUGCUUGUAAGUUACGUAUUUAGAUUGAGUUUGGUGAUUGAAAUGCUUUAGUUUCUUUGCUGUAUCAAUCAAUAUAUAUACUUUAGUAUCCAU